UUCCCAACCCUAUAAACAGCUGUCCGUCAAUUCACCUUCUCUCUCCUCCGGUCUUUUCGCAACUCCCAUCAUGUCUUCGUACGAUCUUGACAGAUACACCUCAUGGUCGACUAGAUGCCUAUGCGAUGCAAGAUCAUCAUGCCACCUUGAUUCAUAAACUUGUUUUUUUUUGUUGUUCUUAUAUUAUAUUAUUAGUUCACGUAACUAUCUGAUCACAGUAGAUCUAUAAGAUUGAGAUUGUUUGUCAUUUCUGAUCUGGGUUAUUCGUGUAACGUCUUCUGGUUGUGAGUUUUGCUUAUUUUGUUGACAAUAAUGGCGGAUAGGUUUGGGAAGGAAGGUGAUUAUUAUUUGGUUGAAGAUGACGAUGAUGAAGAUAAUGAUGAUAUUGAAGCAAAUGAUAGUGAUGAUAAUGAUGAUGGGAAUGAUGAUAUUUCGAGUCGUAGGUCGUCGUCUUCUCAAGUUUCUGCGGGGCAGUGGCCACAGAGUUUCAAGCAGACACUUGAUCCUUUUUCGCUUUCAGCAACACCAAGUUUGGGAUUCCUCAGACGACCAUCUGGUUCUAUAUAUUCAAUGUAUGAACCUAACAUCGAUAGUAACUUUGAUGGCAACUUCAAGUCCAAGUUAUUGUCAGAAUGUUCAAAGGUUUAUAGCAAACAAGAUUUGGAUAGAAUUUCAAGAAUGAUAUCGACAUGGUCAGGGCGAGGAACCAUACCUGAUCAACUCAUCGAUGAACUUCCCAUUACAUUCGGAUGCAGCGUCACUCAGACUGUUUUCAAUUCGGUUAAUGUGAUGGUUGGAGUCGGAGUGCUUUCUAUGCCGAAUACAAUAGCAGAAGCCGGGUGGGCGGGCAUGGGCUUGUUAGCCUUGUUUGCAGUGAUGUGUUGUUACACGGCUUAUCUCAUGAAAAACUGCUUUGAGAGCAAAGAAACCAUCCAAAGCUAUCCUGAUAUUGGAGAAGCUGCAUUUGGGAAAUACGGGCGUCUAAUCAUAGCAAUAAUUUUGUACACAUCCCUCUACGCAUAUUGUGUGGAGUUCAUUAUAUUAGAAGGAGACAAUAUUGCUAGUUUGUUUCCUGAUCUAUCCUUGCAUUUCGGCGGUCUCAAUAUGGACUCGGUUCACUUCUACGCCAUUCUUUCUGCUGUCAUUAUGGGACUCACCCUUUUGGUGAAAAACGCGCGAGUGAUCUCACUUCUUUCAGCUACUGGUGUUGUGUCCACUGUUAUGGUCCUUUUGUGUGUGUUCUGGCUUGGCACAGUGAAUGUUGGCUUUCACGAAAAUGGUCCACCCAUUAAGUUUGGUGGGAUUGCUUUCGCGCUUGGUGUAUACGGAUUUUGCUUUUCGGGACAUUGUGUUUUUCCUAAUAUAUACCAGUCAAUGGCUGACAAAACCAAGUUUACAAAGGCAAUGAUAAUCUGCUUUGUGUUGUGUGUUUUUUUGUACGGGAUUGUUGCCGUUAUGGGUUUUCUCAUGUUUGGAGAACAAUCUUUGUCCCAAAUAACAUUGAACAUGCCUCAAGAUGCAAUUGCAUCCAAAGUUGCACUGUUGACAGUUAUCGUCAACCCAUUCACCAAAUAUGCUUUGCUAAUGAACCCAUUGGCUAGUGCCAUUGAAGAGCUCUUGCCUGCUAAAAUUGCGAACAGUUAUUGGUGCUUUAUUAUUCUACGGAUCGCGCUAGUCGCAUCCUCUAUUUGCGUUGCAUUUGCUCUUCCAUUUUUCGGUCUCUUGAUGGCUUUAAUGGGUUCGGUUCUUUGUAUUUUGACGUCCCUCAUAUUACCCGCUUUAUGCUUUUUGAGGAUCAAUGGGAGUAAGGCCACAACCACACAAAUUGGUUUGAGCGUUUCUAUUACGGUAGUGUCGACAAUCUGCAUGAUUGUAGGGACAUACUCAUCCUUGGUGGAUAUCGUGAACUCAUUCUGAAAAAUGAACGAUCUCUCUUGUCUGUGCGGUUCUACUUAUUUACUUCAGAUAAAUAAAUAUGAAUAAUCUAGUUUAGAGGCUAUGAGUUGAAUUUUGGUUAAGUAUGACUAGAGAUUUAGUUUCGUAUUGCUUGGCAUUGGUUUUGACUUGAUAUAACACCGCCCUUGAUCCUCUUUUGCAUGGCCAAAUCUGUUAGCAUGUUUUGUUGUUGUAACAGAUAAAAGUUGGAUGCUAGUUUUUUAUGUUCAAUCUAGGAAUAUAUUGUGAUUCUUUACCUAUUUUGUGCUCUUUUAUUGAAAUCUAAUAAUUUUUUUUUGUUU